AUGACAGCAGCUAAUGAAGUGAUGCCCAUAGGCGCCGCGGGGGAGAAGGCCCAGCACGCAGCCAGGCUGGCCCUCCCACCGGGUGAGGCCACCGCAGCGCAGCAACAGAGCAGCAAGCGUGGCAGCUUGCUCUCGGGCGUCAUCUGCAUCAACAUCCUCAUCCUGGGCUGUGCAAUGGUGUGCAGCAGCGUGUUCAGUCCAGACGCUGUCUCACCCGUCAACGUGCAGAUCCUGCUGUCCGUGCUGCUGCUGCUUACUACCGCGUGGAUGGUGUACUACAUGGCCUACGUCGCCCGUCUGGACAAGGCCGUGCUCUACAAGGAUGGCCACGCAGGGCCCGUGUGGCUCAGAGGGGGACUUGUUCUGUUUGGAGUGUGCAGCCUUAUUAUGGAUGUCUUCAAAAUUGCAAACUACGUGGGCUACAUGCACUGCGACUCAGCUGUGAAAAUUGUCUUCCCUGCUGUGCAGGCCCUGUUCAUACUCGUCCAGACGUACCUCCUCUGGUUCCACGCCAAGGACUGUGCCCAGCUGCAGAGAAACAUCACUCGGUGUGGACUGAUGUUGUGCCUGGCAUCCAACCUAAUAGUGUGGAUGACAGCUGUCACAGAGGAGUCCCAGCACCAGACUGUGAUCCCCAAGAGCGAUCAUGCGGCUGGUGAUAACAACAGAGUGUUUCCUCCUGUUUCAGGCAACAAGGAAGGCGAGUGUAAUUGCAGCCAUACAGCCUGCAGCAUCUUCAAGGAGGCCUACUAUUACCUGUAUCCCUUCAACAUCGAAUACAGCCUCUUCGCCUCGGCGAUGGCCUAUGUCAUGUGGAAGAACGUGGGGCGCCUAGUGGAUCAGCACGCUCACCACAAACACCGCUUUCGCCUUAAGGGCAUCCUGGUGGGGCCAGUGGUGGGAGUGGCCAUGCUGGUGGCUGGCCUGGCUACUUUUGUGAUCUACGAGGUGGACAUGGCCAUGGACGACAAAGAGAAGAAGGAGCUGGCGCUCAAGAUUCACUACCUGAUGAACACUGUGGCUGUUUCACUCAUGUCCGUCGCAGCCUUGAUUGGCUAUGCCAUCUACUGGCUAGACAAAAGGGACCAUGUCUCAGAGAAGAACCCAACCCGAAGCCUAGACAUAGGCCUCCUCCUGGGCUCCUCGCUGGGCCAGUUCCUCAUCUGCUACUUCAAUAUGGUGGCCAUUGUAGCUUCCAGCGCCACAGACGUACUCAACGCACUCAAUCUAGCCUGCUCCUUGCUUACCAUAAUACAGAUCAUCCUGCAGAAUGUUUUCGUUAUUGAGGGGCUACACAGGGAACCUUUCAAUGAGGACCAUGAGGGUCAUGUGUUCGCCAAUCCCCAUGCCCUCCAUUCUAACCAGGAGACACACCAACCCAGUACCAUGAGGAGGAGCACGUCUGUUGUGAUCAUCACCACUGGAAUGCAUGUUCCUGUGACCUUGGGCCCAUGCUGGAAGAGGCGACUUCUCAAGGAGAUCUCCAUCUUUCUGUUGCUUUGCAAUGUCAUUCUCUGGAUCAUGCCAGCCUUCGGCGCCCGUCCCCAGUUUGACAAUGAACUCGGCUUCCGCUUCUAUGAUUACAGCACCUGGUCAGCUGUGGUGAACAUUGGCCUGCCCUUCGGGAUAUUCUACCGCAUGCACUCAGUCGCUAGCCUUUUUGAGGUCUUUCUGAUCACGUGA